UAGAAAACAGAAGCAACAUAUCUGCUAAUGGGAAAGUAUACCAGGGUUGUGUCUAUUUCUGCUUUGACAUUCUUAUCUCAGGUUCCUUGCAUGCAAAUGCAGAAGAGCUGUACAAAUGCUGACAACUGUUCAGACACAGAAUGGGUGCAGCUCUGGUACAUCUGGCUUGUCAUUGCUAUUUGUGGACUCUUCCUCUUCUGUGGCAUAGCCUGCCUCUGUGUGCGGUGUUGCUGUCUUAAGUGCUACCAUGCAAGAGAAGAAACAAAUCAUCCACCCUAUGAGGUCACAGUCAUUGCAUUUGAUCGAGACAGCAGCACCCUUCAAAGCACCAUAACUUCCCUCCAAUCGGUGCUUGGCCCUGCUGCUAUGAGAAUACUAGCAGUAGCUCAUGCCCAAAGUGCUGUGCAAGCAAGAUCUCAAACUGCUGGAACAGAGACACCACCAGUGUAUGAAGAAGCCAUCCACAUGAAUAGAUUCACUGUGGCCAGAAGCAGAGAAAGACCCCCUGAGCUUCAGCCAGUGUCAGAGGAGAAGUAGACAACCAAUGCCCAUGAAACCAAAUGAGUAUAGCCAAUAG